CCGGUCGGAGGUCGCGUGCGGGCGCUUCAGUUAGUUACAAUAAUAUUCUCGGGGGUAGCGCCGCACCGUGGCGCAGCACAAAGUAAUAAUAAUAUCAUUAUAACGGACGUUUUCAGUAAUUUUUUUUUUUUUGUUUUCCCCGAAUUCGCGUCCCGUUUUUCUCAAAACGUUUAUUCUCGUCGGACUUUUGGCCACCUCCCCGCACCGUCGUCAAGUCAACCCGCGACGAGACGGGACGGUUAAAACCACCGCUGCGGAAUCGCUGAUUUGUCGAGUACUGGACCAGGUACCCGGAAGAUUUGGUCGAGCUACGUCGGCGGCGCGCCAGUCCGGAAGAAGAUCCGUACUUGUGCCUUUGGACACAACGGAAGUCCGGAUCUGAUGAUUGUUCCGUGCGAGAACAGACACAGAGCAGUAGUAAAUCAUGUUAGACGUCAAGAGAUCGAUUUCCAUGCUUCCAGCACCAGUAAACUCGGAACCAGACACCGAUCUAACCAGUCUGAACUGGUUGCAUAGUUUAACGAAUAUACUUUCGGUGCCAUCUUUGCCCACUCCUCCUGAUUCACCAAAUUCGCCCGCACGUUUAACAGAUCAGAACCCCAAAAAACUUCCGCACAAAAUCCGUUUCCAAAUGAGUUUGGAAAGUGCCGAACAAUACAGAAAUAAUGGAGACAAAAAGCCGCCAUUUUCAUAUUCUACAUUGAUUUGUAUGGCCAUGAAAGCUAAAGGGAAUAAAGUUACGUUAAGUUCUAUUUAUGGUUGGAUCAGAGAAAAUUUUUUGUACUACCGUAACGCUGAUCCUAGUUGGAAGAACUCAAUCAGACACAAUUUAUCGUUAAACAAAUUCUUCGUAAAAGUACCGCGAUCUAAAGACGAACCGGGUAAAGGUGGAUUUUGGAAGUUUGACGUCGAUUGCUUAGAAGGCGGUGCUCGGCGUAAACGAACAAGUAGUCGGAGACGGGCAAGUCGGAUGCAGCAAAAGAACAACGCCGCGAGUAAGAAACACGGAGAGAUGACCGCCGAGGACGAAAAGGCGCUCGAGUUGGCCGUCCAGUCGCUGGAAGAGGAACAGCGACAUAUGGACAAUAAUUUGGACGGUUUCCACCAGCAUCCGUUGAUACUUCCGGUCGACGAGCCAAUGGGCGUACCCGAGUUGGUCUACAGCUGUUCGAUAAACGCAGCCACCGUGGAUCCGUUCAUGUCUUCUGUAGUCGAUUACACGAUAAUCGACAUACCCAACGACCAUCAGCCACAAAUCGCCACGGACGAAGAGCUAACCAUGCUCACGAACUUGACGUGGGACGAUUCGCAAAUGGAUCUGCUCGAUUCGUUGCUAGACUCGUUGUAGACCGGGGCCGGCUUUAACAACAACAAUAAUUAUGUCUAUUAUACAAUUGGUAUGCGUUAUUGGAUCCUAUAUACUGUGUCAUUGUCAUUAUUAUUAUAUUAUGAUGUUAUAAUACCGAAUCCAUUCCGGCAUUACCGUUUCGAGUGUUUUGACGUGUCAAAGUGAAACUAGUCUUUUUAUUUUUUAUUAUUAUUUUUUUUUUUUUAUUUCUAUUACCAUAUUGAAUUUAAUUGUAGAACGAAACGGCGAGAUCGAAAGUGUGAUACAAACUGUUCGGGUAGAGCUUGAUAGCUAUAGUGUUUGUUUAUAGAUGUUUAGAUAACCCUGACGACCGUAGGCGAGUCUCCUUAGACGUAGAUACCUCUACCUAUCUUACCAGUUUGCAACAGACUUUCCGUUUCACUCUGUAUCGCAAACGAAAAUAUUUUAUAUUAUAAGUAUACUAUAACGACUUGUAUAGAAAAGUCGCCCAAUUAAUCCUAUAUAAUAUUAUAUUGUAACGAUUUGUCUGUCUUUUCUUUUUACGU